CGGCAGCAUGCGGUCGGUGGUGGGCUUCCUGUCCCAGCGCUGCCUGCGGGGAGACCCCCUGCUCACCCAGGACUUCCAGCGCAGCCGCCUGCGGGGCUGCAGGAACCUCUACAAGAAGGACCUGCUCGGCCACUUCGGCUGCGUCAACGCCAUCGAGUUCUCCAACAAUGGGGGCCAGUGGCUGGUCUCAGGAGGAGAUGACCGCCGGGUUCUUCUGUGGCACAUGGAACAAGCCAUCCACUCCAAGGUGAAGCCCAUCCAGCUGAAAGGAGAGCAUCAUUCAAACAUCUUCUGCCUGGCCUUCAACAGCGGAAACACCAAGGUGUUCUCCGGAGGAAAUGAUGAGCAAGUUAUCCUCCAUGAUGUUGAAAGCAGCGAGACCUUGGAUGUGUUUGCUCACGAAGACGCAGUGUACGGCCUUUCGGUGAGCCCGGUGAACGACAAUGUGUUCGCCAGUUCGUCGGACGACGGUCGGGUCCUCAUCUGGGACAUCCGAGAGUCUCCCCACGGAGAGCCCUUCUGCCUGGCAAACUACCCAUCCGCUUUCCACAGCGUGAUGUUCAACCCCGUGGAGCCGAGGUUACUGGCCACCGCCAACUCCAAGGAGGGCGUGGGACUCUGGGACAUCCGGAAACCUCAGAGUUCCCUGCUCCGCUAUGGCGGGAACCUGUCCCUGCAGAGCGCCAUGAGCGUCCGCUUCAACAGCAACGGGAGCCAGCUGCUCGCCCUGCGCCGCCGCCUGCCCCCCGUCCUCUACGACAUCCACUCCCGCCUGCCCGUCUUCCAGUUCGACAACCAGGGCUACUUCAACUCCUGCACCAUGAAAAGCUGCUGCUUCGCCGGAGACCGGGACCAGUACAUCCUCUCAGGCUCUGACGACUUCAACCUGUACAUGUGGAGAAUCCCCCCGGAUCCAGAAGCGGGUGGCGUGGGCAGGGUGGUCAACGGAGCCUUCAUGGUGCUGAAAGGUCACCGGUCUAUCGUAAACCAGGUGCGGUUCAACCCGCACACCUACAUGAUCUGCUCCUCGGGCGUGGAAAAGAUCAUCAAGAUCUGGAGCCCGUACAAGCAGCCGGGCUGCAGCGGCGACCUGGACGGGCGCAUCGAAGACGACUCCCGCUGCCUGUACACCCACGAGGAGUACAUCAGCCUGGUCCUCAACAGCGGCAGCGGCCUGUCCCACGACUACGCCAACCAGUCGGUCCAGGAGGACCCGCGCAUGAUGGCCUUCUUCGACUCGCUGGUGCGCCGCGAGAUCGAGGGCUGGAGCUCGGACUCGGACAGCGACCUGAGCGAGAGCGCCAUCCUGCAGCUCCACGCCGGCGUCAGCGAGCGCUCGGGCUACAGCGACUCGUCGUCCCCGCCCUCGCCCCUCGCCGCCCACGAGGAGGAGGAGGAAGAGGAGGAGGACGGGGGUCCCGCCGCCCCGCGGGCCCCGCUGGGCUCACCGCCCCCGGUCCGGGAGGACGCGGCCUCCCGGCAGCAGCGGCUGGCCGCCCUGCGGCGCUACCAGGACAGGCGCCUACUGGCGCUGUCCAACGAGUCGGACUCAGACGAGCACGCGCGCGAGGCGGAGCUGGACACGGACCCGUUCCCCCGGCCCCGCUCGCCCAGCCCCGAGGACCCCGGCUCGAGCAGCACCGGCGGCGGCGGCGGGGGCGGCGGAGGCAGCAGCACGGAGGACGAGGAGGAGCUCAACGAACGCCGGGCCUCCACCCGCCAGCGCAACGCCCUACGCCGUCGGCAGAAGCCCCCCGCCCGGGACGAUCAGCCCGGGGCCUCGGCCCGGCCCGCCUACGCGGGCGAAGACAACUACGACUACCCGCAGAUCCGGGUGGACGACCCGUCCUCUCCCUCCUCCUCCUCCUCUUCCUCGUCCUCCUCGUCCUCCUCCUCGCGGGCCUCGUCCCCGGAGCGCAGCCCCUCCGGGGCGGAGUUCCGCCCGGGCCGGGCGUCCCCGUCCUCCGACGUGGAGUCGGUGGAGCGGAAGAUCUACAGGGCCUACAAGUGGCUCCACUAUUCCUACAUCUCCUACUCGGCCGCCGGCAGAGACGGCGAGACCUCCCGGACGGCCGGGGGCGGCGCCGAGGAGGACGAGGAGGACGGGGAGGAUGGGACGCCCGGGCCGAGCAGGGAGGGGAGCCGCCCGGCCCCUCCGCCUCCCAGGCAGGAAGGGGGUCCGGGCGCGGGCGGCCGGGACGCCCCCCGCGAGGCGGCCCGUGGCGGCGACGCCCUCAGGGAAGGCGGCCCGAGCGGAGAGCGCGACGGCGGGCCGGGCCAAGCCGGCGCCGACCCCCCGCCGCGGCCGGAGGAGCGGGAAGGGGCCGUGUCCCGAGGCCCCGCCGCCCCGCCCGAGCCCGCGGAGCCCUCCUUCGAGGCCAAGAAGCUCAACGGCAAAGCACUUUGCAAGGGGUUCGGGGGCCGGGCGGAGGAGCCGCCGCCGUCGCCACGGCAGCCCUCCCCGGCGCUCCCCAAGGCCUCCUGCUCCACCCUCGGGACCCCCGGUGGCCCCCGGCCGAGGACCCAGGCUGACGACUGGGAGGAGAGGGCCCCGGAGACCGCCUGCCUCAACCACAACAACGGACACUUCCACCCGCGCCCCCCGCACCCCCACAACAACGGCCCGACCCUGGGGGAGCCGGAGACGGCCCGCCCGAGCGCCGACCGGGGGACCCCGCCCCCGCCGGGGCCGCUCUCCCACAGAGACCGCCCCCGGCCCGACUCGGACCGCGAGGUUCCCGGCCCCGGGCCGAGGGAGGCCCCGGCGGAGGCGAGCCCGGCCCCCCCCGGCGGACUCAAACGGGCCCGAGCGCAGUCGGAAGACACGGAUUUGGAGAGUCCCUGCUCAGAGAAGAAGCUGAAAACAUGAUACGUACCAAAAACACACACGCGCGCACACACAAAGACACCCCCCCACCCACUCCCCCCCCCGACCCUACAAAACCAAACACCCCCCCCACCCCGCGGCCCCCGAUCUAGACAGACACCGAGGAAAGGGCAAAGGAGUAUUAAAGGCACUCGUAGAGCCGGGGUCUCCUUCGUCGCGCCCGGCGGCGGGUCUGGGCCUCUUGGCCGUCAAAAGAAAGAAAAAGAGCAUCUCAAGGGACUCCUUCACCAGUGAGACUGGAGCGGAGUGUACUCCACCGAGGUUCUGUCAAAGUAAAUCCUUGUUGAGACAUUUGACUUGUUUUUGCACAUGUGCGUGUGCGGAUGUGUGUGUGUUUGCGCGCGAGUGGGUUCGCCUCCCAGCUUGGCUGUCGGAGUAAGAAUUCGGUUCUUUUCCUGGCUUUCUUUCUCUUUGAGCUCUCCACUUGCAAGAAUAUAUAGAUCUAUAUUUUUUGCCAUCUCACUCUUUUUAUUAUUAUUUUUUUUCCUCUCCAGACCUUUCCACCCCGGUUCUAAAAUAAGAGAAGGGGUCACCGUGGAAUUAGAGCUGGCGGCCUGGCGGUGGGGUGGGGGGUGUCCAGCACCGCGCUGGGAUCGGUAGGAAGAGAGGGGCGAGCCGACGGAUCCCAGCCACCGGCCUCUCGGCUCUGGGCCCGCGAGGAGAGCGAGUCUCUCAAACGGGAGCCCGUCCCGGUUUCUGGUCGGGAGCACUUUUUUUUUAUAAAGCACUUAUAGCGGUGGAGUUGCAUGGAUGCCGUUUAAAAUCCCUAGCGAGGCUGAACUUUGAAAUCCACCUUCCUUACUGGAUUUUCCUCACUGGGUUUGAGUCGUCGCGAUGCGUGACGGGAAGAUACUCUAAGGGCCCAGGAUUUGACACGGGCCGGGUGCCCAAGACGGUGGCGGGUUCCACUAGCCCCGAGGUGGGCAGGGCCCCGGAUGCUUCGCUUCUGGGGCUCCGGGUGUCUGAGAGCGGGAGGGACGGAGGGAGACUUGGUUCUCUUAUUGGUCAAGUCAGGGUUAGUCACCUUCUGGGGAGAGGGAGGGCCUAAGUGGCAGUUUAGCAUCACGGGUCAGAGAGGACGGAGGUGCAGGAGGCCUCCGACCCCAGCGGGAACCCUCGGGGUGGAUGGGUGGACUGCUUCGGCUGGCCACCCCCGGGACUCGCGCGGGAAAAUCCUGUUAGCUCAUUUCCAGGUCCUGCAGAGCAGCGGGCAAACGCCACGUUGAAGCCACGGGGUUUCCCGGAGUCCCCGCGUCGUGUCACAGAGGGUGCGGAGAGUUGGGUGCGUCCCUCUGGAGACCACGGUUGAGUCUCGGGGGCAGGUGGAAUGGGGAGCGGGGGCGGAGAGAGGUGUGCGCCCCGACGUCUCCUAGGAGACCCUCUGCUCAGGUAGGAUGAUCGGGGGAUACCCUGUCCCGGUCGUUAUCCUAUGAGCGGAGAAACGGAGACGGGCGUUGACGCCGGGAGGUGACCCCCACCAAGGUGUCUAGACCAAAGGGAAGGGCGGGAAGAAGCCUCUAGAGGGAAAAGGAGGAGGCUAAAAGGAGCGAUUUGGGUUUUUUUUUUUCCUAGAGUUUCUAGGAUCGCGUCUGCCAGCUGGGAUUUGAUUAGGGGGCGCGGGACGACAACCCGUGUCGCCUCCUUCGGGGAGGCCACGGGGGGAUAUUGCCGGAUUAGGGCCACGCAACAGGGGUGAGGGAGGGGAUGGAAGGGGUCCAAAGGUCUGAAGGCAAGUGGGGAAGAAGAGAGCCUGGAGCUGCUCCUUCGCCACGGACUGGCACCGAGGAGCUUCAGAGCGGAGGGAGAUGCCUGGGAGCUUUUGAACUGCUUUGGCCAAGGGAAAAAUGCAGGCGGUUGGAGAUGUGACGGAAAGCACGACCCCGCGUUGGGGAGGAAGAAACGUUUGUCAUAGGGGGAGCAUCCAAAGUCAUCUUCAGAAUUAAGCGGCUUCAGUUUUGGUGGGUGGGGACGGGGUGCAAAUGUCUGUAACGACCGGUGGAAUGAAUUCUUUUGGAUUUGUAACCAA